CACGGCGUCCUGGAUCUGGAGUGGAGGCAAGCGUCGCGUCGGCGCACCUGUCACGCGGCGGCGCGUGUGGCGCUCGGGUGAGCUCAGCAACAGCCCCGCCCCGCAACGGCACCUCGCGCUCUUCGGCGCCUGUGUCAGCCCACACUCGGUGCUUCGCCUCCAUCAUGAGCACAGCUCGCUGCAUGGCGCAACAUGACGCUUGCUCGCCUCGGCGUGCUGCUCUAUGUGUGCCGCAAGUCGGACGACAUCGGGCAGUCAGAGGGUGAGCGGCCUCAUCUGUGGUGGGCAUGCGGCAGCUGGCGAGCACAAGGCGGCGCGCCGGCGGCAUCGGGUGCCUGGCGGACAUGGCGGCCUUGGCGCGCGUGCGUGCGGAGCGUGGGCACGUCCGGGAGGUGCUUCGCUCCACCCCGCCGGCCGUGCUCCUCGCCUGCCGCAGAACACCAGUCGAGUCGCAGGCUGCGACUCGCAGCGCGGCAGCAGCAGCAACCAGGUGGCAGCAUGCAGCAGACCAGCAGCGCCCCUCUCUCGCUCUUGCUGCGCGCCUGCUUGCAGCAUCUGCGCAGCGUCUUAUCGCAGAGGAGGCGCGCGAUCGAUGCGCGUGCGAGCCUGAUCGCCAGAGCGCAGGUACACAAUGGCCUCUUGACCCCUCUCUGGAAAGGUGCGUGCUCCCACAGGAGCGCUCCGAAGCUUCCAACGCUGCGGCAGUGCUGUACCCCACGCCGUGCGCUGCGCCCGGCGGGCUUCAGGAGCUUGCAUCUCAGCUCACGGCGCACGCACCCCGCUCGACGCCGGCCGGCACCGGCGGCCUGCAGGAGCAGCGGACUCUGGACUCAGCCGAGUCAGGUGAAAGCAUGAACAGCAGCAGCUGCAGGCUUCUCUGCGCUCACUCCCCGCGCGCUGCCAUCAUGCGAGCUUGCGCAGCGCAGAGAGCUGCACGGCCGCGAGGCGAAGGGCGCCGCCGCCGCAGCUCGCAUCGCGCGAGAUGAUGCAGGUGCAGAAGAGGACGCCGUGCGAGCAGAGGUGAUGCGAGCACGACGUGGCUGAUGCUGGCGCUGGUGCGUGCGGCGCUCACGCUGCGCGACGUGCGGCUUGGCUCGCCAAGGCUUGGCUCCGUGUGCGGAGCCGGCGG